UGUUCAGUCAUGAUGGCUUUCUUUUGUCAACGGGCACUGCUUCUGAGCCUGGCAGCAGCUGUGUCAGUGUACGCAGACAUGAAACUAGACUGCAGACCUGAUUUGGUGACUCUGGUGUGGACUGAGAGCAGAUCCCAGGCUGACACUUCACUCCUUCGUCUGGGUGACUGUUUCCCCACCAGCCUUUCAGCCAGGGAGGCCGUUUUCAGCGUCGGUGUCAAUGAUUGUAAUUUCAGGAGACUGGUUACUGGGGAUCAGCUAAUGUACACAAAUGAUCUGACCUACGUUUCCCCUCCUGGUUCUCACAUUCUCCCCUUCACUCACCCAGUUGUCUGUGCAUAUGAAAGGCCCAAAGACUGGUACCCUCUGGUGUAUAACCCGGUGUUUCAUACAUAUGGUCAAGGAGAUCUAGUGUUCCACAUCGGACUUAUGAAUGAUGACUUCUCAGGCCCUGCUGAAUCUACCAGUUUUCCUCUCGGCUCCUUUAUCCCCAUCAUGGUUAGUGUGGUGCAGAAGUCCCAUCAGCCCUUGCUGCUGCUUCUUGAGGAAUGUGUAGCGGCUACCACACCGGAGCUGUUGCCUGAAAGCAGUAUAUACCCGAUAAUCGCCAAUAAGGGAUGUCUGGUGGACAGUAAGGUAUCUCGCUCAAAAUUUGAACCAAGGCAGAAAUCAUCAGAGAUCCAUCUAUCCCUUCAAGCCUUUAGGUUUGGUCUCGGAGAAGAGGUGUUUAUUCACUGCAAACUUGUGGCUUGGGAUCCCAUUGGUCUUGACAACACCAACAAGGCCUGCCACUAUAACAAAGAGCAUGGCUGGGAGCUGCUGGACAACUCUGGAUAUAGUAAUCUUUGUGACUGCUGUGAGUCCAGCUGCAAGUCCAGGAGGAUGAGGAGUAUAACAUCAGGGAAACAUGGAAUAGUACAAAACGCAGUUCUUGGGCCACUUACUGUCACUGAUGUGCUUUCCUGAAGUUCCCCUACCAACAGGAAUGGAUCUCUUAUAGACUGGUUCCUUCAAUCUGAAUUGGGUUUUUAUUCUUGCUUUCACAAGCUUCUAAAAGCUUUACAUUUCAGAUCGUAACAUGGCCAUUAAAGAUCUAUCCAAAACA